AUGGGCCCCUCACUGCCCAAAGAGUUCAAGGUUGCCGUCUUCAAGGAGAAUGGCAAGCCUCUCGUCUUUGAGCAGCGCCCGCUUGAGCAACCUAAGGAUGGACACAUCUUAGCCAAGGUCCUUGCCUGUGGUGUCUGUCACUCGGAUGCUGCUGUCCAAGUCGGAGCCUUCGGUAACAGCUUCCCUAUUGUUCCUGGUCAUGAAGUGGUUGGGGAGGUGGUUGCUGUCCCUGAGUCGGAGAAGAGGUGGAAGAUUGGUGACCGCGUCGGCGGUGCAUGGCACGGAGGGCACUGCGGUAACUGCAAGGCGUGCCGCAGAGGACUUUUCCAGAUGUGUGAAACCGAGACCAUCAAUGGUGUGAUGCGGGACGGCGGUUAUGCCGAGUACAUCGAUCUUCGCACCGAGGCCGUGGUCAAACUCGAUAAAGAGAUCGAUCCAGCCGAGUAUGCGCCUCUGCUGUGCGCCGGUGUCACUGUGUUCAACAGCUUGCGCCAACAGGGCGUCACAUCGGGCGACCUUGUGGCAGUCAGCGGCCUCGGCGGGUUAGGCCACCUCGCCAUACAGUAUGCCAGCAAAAUGGGCUACCGUACCGUUGCCAUCUCUUCGAGCGCCGACAAGAAGAAGUUCGCAAGCGAGUUGGGCGCCCACGAGUACAUCGACACCUCUCAAGGCAGCGCGGGCGAGCAGCUGAAAGCAAUGGGCGGAGCGAGCGCCAUCUUGUUCACCGCACCAGCGGAGAAGCUGAUCCCAGAUCUACUACAAGGUCUUGGGCCGCUCGGGAAGCUCAUCGUUCUCGCCGCCGCCGGUCCUGUUGAGAUCAAUACUGCUCUGAUGAUACACUACGGCAACAGCAUCACCGCAUGGCCUAGCGGUCACGCCCAAGAUUCCGAGGAAGCCAUCUCCUUUGCGGAGACCCACGGUGUCAAGUGUAUGAUCGAGAAGUUCAAAUUCGAGCAAGCAAAUGAAGCGCUGGAGCAUAUGAAUAGUGGUAAAGUCAGGUUUCGAGGCGUGCUUGUUCUGUAG